AUGGAGCGCUGCGCUGCACUUCCCUGCAUGGCGAGCCGCGGCCCAGACGUGGGGGCGGUGCUGGGCCACAGCGCCACGCUGCUGCGACUGCAAGGUCUCUGGACCCCACCAGGGGGCGGCCGCACCGCUGCCAGCGCCCUCGCUGCCGCUGUCUCGCUGGCACUCGCGUGCGGGCUGGUCACCAUGUCCCUCCUCAAGCUACUGAUGGAUCGUCCACGAGAACUCGAGGAGUUAAUCGCAUGCAUCUUCAACGUGACAAUGCACGGCGAAAUGCUGGUCAAGGGGAUCACGAGUGUAACAGCGGUUAUUUGGGUGGCUUCCCCGCUGGUUCACCUGGUAGCCAACAUGGACACUGAGGUCUCUUCCGGAAAUCCUCGGCCACUGCCGCUGUCUGCCUGGUUACCACUGGACAUCUACGCAUCUCCCGCAUAUGAGCUUCUCUACAUUAUGCAAGUUCUGUGCAUAAUAGUCCCGUCUGUAGCCACUGUCUCCUCUGACUGCGUCUUUAUUGACCUGAUGCUGAGGGUUGCUGCCGAGUUAGAGAUUCUGAACGACAACAUUUCUAGUUUACGUAAAAUGAAGGUUUCAGCAAAAUCCAACGAGUACAUAUCAAGCAAUGUGGCCUCAGAUUUUGAGGUACAUAUACAGCUUUCGAAGAAUGUCAAGCACCACCAGGCAAUUCUUAGGUUUGUAUAA